CACGCUCCUGGCUUCAAUGGGUUUUGCGCUUGUCGCCACCGCGCUCUUCCCGGCCGCCGCUGCCCUCUCCGUCCAAGCACCGGCUCGGCGCCGCCUGGACGGGCCUCUCACGUGCCCAACGAGCGUGUGCGACUUCAUCUGCGAGCCCUCCGAGUGCACCCUCCCGUCCUGCACCACGCUCUGCUCCGAGUGCUGCUCGCCGGCAGCGACGCCACCGCCACCUGCGCCGCCGCCACCUGCGCCGCUUGCGGGCUCGCCACGUUACGUGGCGUGUGGCAGGACCGGCCGGUGCGACGAGAGCGACCGGUGGGCAGCUCUGUCCGAGAAGCACGAGGUGCGGUGUUGCUCCGACUCGCGAAUCGACGGCUGGAAGAAGAAAGAUGGGUGCUCCGUGUGGAGCGAGUCCGACGACGAUGAGAUGGGAGGCGAGUGCCACCACAACAAGAACUUUGCGCAGGCCUCGACCAUCUGCGAGGACGCGGGCGCACGCCUGUGUACUCGGGCGGAGCUGCAGGGGAAUUGCGCACGCGGGUCAGGCUGCGGCCACGACCGCGAUCUGAUCUGGUCAGGCACGGAGAGCGAGGCGGCCGUCCCCCCGCCGUCGGCUGCUCCACCGCCGCCCUCCUCGGCUGCUCCGCCGCCGCCCGUUGCGACAGCGACGGAUGGUGCCCAAGUCCAGACGGGCCCACGCAGCAGUGCCGCGAUGACGCUGGGCCACCGUGGGCCGACGACCUGGAGACCUACGGCCCUAACGUCCGCUACCACGACAACACGCCCGCCGAGCCCAUCC